CGGGUGGCUUUCGUCGGAUGCGGACGCGUUUUUUGAGCCAUCUUCUUCGUAUACGGUUAUCGCGACUGUGCACUUUGUUGUGGUGUACGAUAUAAAAACAACGGUUAGUGUAUUCCAUUCCAGAUAGCGCGUACGUUCCGUCGUAAAUCUCCAUGUGCGGAGCCCCUUGACCUUGCGAGGCUUGUACCGUGACGAUACAUACAACAGUACUCCGUCGUGCCCAAUGUGCUCCUCUAACGUGGGAGUUACAACUAGACUAAGUUUUGAAGCGUAUUUGGAGUUCUAAUCCUUGAAGAAAUGCCACCAACGGAAGUCACCGUUCCGCUAACGACCAAUAAUGGCAACAGGAUCGUGAAGCCACCGGUGACCAUCGUCCCCAAAGAGACCAAUCGACAACCGCAGUCUGUGAUGGACAACGAAACGGUACCCGAUGCAUCAUCAUCACCAUUGACGGCAGAAAAUGUAAACUUGCCGGCCGGCAAUCGGCGGCAGCAACCACAACAGUUUCAAAACCUCAGCUGGCUAGGCCGGCUUUCGUACCACGUUUCCAUCGCUAUUGGGCAGUUUUUCUACAGAUUAGGCCGAUUCGUAGCCUCCAACCCGUGGCGUACGAUCAUCGCCUGUUGGUUGACCGUUGCCGUUUGCAGUUUAGGUUUCUUGCGGUUCCACCAUCAGCGAGACCCGUUGAAACUAUGGGUACCGCAAGAAUCGAAGUUCUUACGCGACACCAAGUGGCUGAUCGACAACUUCCAAGAGGGCAACCGGAUCGAAACGGUCAUGCUGACUGCGCCGGAUGUGCUGACACCGGAAGUACUGCUGAGGCUUGCCGAUAUUACGGAGAAAAUCGUAAACCUGACUAUUACCAAUAGUAAGGGUGAAAAUUUUGACUGGAACGAAGUUUGCUUCAAAAUUCCUCUAAUAGCAGAAUACACUGCUAGUGAACGCCGAAAACGGGAAGGUACUAAGUCCUCAACAAUCAAGAAAGGUCCAAAGAAGCAGAAGAACUUUUUCAAUCCAAGUGUUGAUCUGCCGAGCUCCAUGUACUGUCCAUUGAUCAACCGACUGCCCAUUGGAUGUCUGGAACAUAGUAUCCUAGAACUUUGGAAGUUCGAUCGCGAAGUGAUCGUAACCCUCAGCAAAGAGCAGAUCAUCGAUAAACUGAACAGUACCACGGUUAGUCCCGUCACCGGACACACGAUCGACUUUUCCGAGUUGUUGGGUGGAGUGCACCGUGACUCGACCGGACGAAUAGUGUCGGCUACGGCGCUGUACUCCAACUGGAUGCUGCACAUCAACUACACCGAAGGGGACUCGAACGUGAAUAGAAAUGUUGCCGGGACGGAGUACUGGGUGACGGAAGAAGCAAUGCUGUGGGAAGGCAAGUUCUUGGAAACGGUCGGGGAAUUUGAAAAGGAGUUUUCCGAUGCAAAGAUGAAAAUGUAUUAUGCGGCCGGACGCAGCUACGGAGAUAUCAGUGCUGAGUCGAUGUUCAAGGACAUUGAUAAGUUGGUGUUUGGCGGAGCUAUUAUGUUCACCUUCAUGCAGUUGGUGCUAUCGAAGUUCAGCUGGACUGAAUUCAGGAUCAUACUCGGAUCCGUCGGUCUGCUCUGUGUCGGCAUGGGUUUCAUAGCUGGCAGCGGAAUUGUGUCAAUCUUCAGUAUACCCUACGGUCCCGUUCACACGGUUCUACCGUUCCUACUGAUGGGACUUGGCGUGGACGAUAUGUUCGUCAUGAUGGCUUGCUACCGGAAGAUCCACCAAACCCAUGCGAACCUACCAUUGCCAGAACGGAUGGGCCUGAUGUUAAAGCAUGCGGGUGCUUCGAUCACGGUUACUUCUCUUACCGACAUUGUGGCAUUUGCAGUUGGUUCCAUAACCGUGCUACCCUCGUUGCAGUCGUUCUGCAUCUACGCGGCGUUCGGUGUGUUCAUGAUGUUCGCCUUUGUCAUCACGUUUUUCGUUGCUGUAUUUACUCUGGACGAGCGUCGAAUCGUCGCCCGCCGAAAUUCGUUCUUCCCGUGGAAGAUCCAUGACGAGAAAUCAACGCAAUUAUGGUGCCAAUACAAUCUGAUGAAUCGAUGCAUUAACCUUCUCUAUUCAAAAAUUAUUCUUACGAAUGUUGGUAAAACAGUAAUCAUUUUAGGAGUUAUCUGCAUGACAAGUUUGAACAUUCAAAGUUUGAUGCAACUUCGCCAAAAGUUCGAUCUGAAUUGGUUCAUUCCGGAGGAAACCUACUAUGGUCAAUUCAUAGUGAAAAAUCAUGAACAGUACCCUAAUAAUGGAUUCGAAGCAAUGCUACUGUUUGGUAACUACAACUACACCGCUGAAUUGAAGGAGCUGCUUAGGAUAACACACGAUCUGGAAGAUAGGACCGACUUACUGCACAGUGUGGAUUCUUGGCUUAAUCCGUUCCAGGACUUUGUCUACACUCACUAUGACAAAGACAUUGGCGAAGUCGUUCUCGGUGAAGCAGAUUUCGCCCACUACCUGUCCAAGUUUCUGUACAGUCACGAGGGAGGCCGAUAUCAGAUAAAAUUCAAAUUCGCCACCAAGCUUCAAUGUGGGCAACCGGCGCCGAACAUUACCGCCACUGCGAUCGAUUUCAAGUUCCGGCCGUUCAGCGAGCGUGAAGAAUAUAUCCCGUCCAAAUAUGCCGUCGAGGCCCUGCUUGCCGAAAGCCAGUUCUCAUCAAAGGAAUCGUUCAACACUGUCUGGGCUAUAAUCUUCGGUAACUGGGUUACCGAUGAGAUCAUCGAUACGGAAAUUUAUAGAAACAUAGCCUUAGCCAUGAUUGGCGUAAUGUUCUGCUCAGCUGUACUGAUCGUCAAUCCGCAGAUUUGCUUCUGGAUCUUCAUAUGCGUCCUGUUGACGUUGGUCAACGUAGGAGGCCUUAUGCAACGGUGGGGCCUUACCCUGGACAUAUGCUCCUGUAUCGCUCUUCAGCUAGCAGUUGGCCUUUGCGUAGAUUACGCAGCCCACAUCGGUCACACGUUCCUAACCAUCAGUCAUGGGAACCGCAAUGAACGCGCGCUGGAAACCGUAAUACACAUUGGUGCUGCCGUACUCUAUGGUGGAACUUCAACCAUCCUAUCGCUCAGUGUUCUGUCUGGAUCACAAGCGUACACCUAUCGCACGUUUUUCAAAAUAUUUUUCUUAGUUAUUAUGCUUGGUUUGUUCCACGGACUUGUUCUGCUACCGGUCAUCCUCAGCUUGAUAGGACCUUCCCCAUACAGUGGCUUCAUAGAUGACCCCAAUAAGCUCUCCGAUGGUAUCGAGGAAGAAAUGUUACAUAUCACGGACAAUCAGAAACGGCACAAUGGACAACUUGCUCGUAGCGAAGAGGAAAAACAGCCAAUGAGGAUAGAACCCGUGGUUUGAACGAAACGUGAGACUGGAAACAUUCCAUGACUUAUGGCUGUUCUAUACAGGCCGCGUGAUGCCAUUGUGAUACUAAACUUACUAAGUAUUUUCGGACGAAGUGAUUACAGCAUAAGUGGAGACAGGAAGAAUUAGUGCAGGGGAAUUAAAAUCGAUUGGAUUGUACAAACA